AAAAGGUGAGGAUGGAAGGCCAGACAUUCUCAAAAUUCACUCUAACUCCAUCACCGUACUCAACGCCAGAGCUCAACCAUCUUUUAUGGUAGGCGGCUCACCACGUCAGUGCAAUUUCGACUACAUCUUCAAUCCAAAAGACUCCUUUUUGGAAAGUCAAAAAGAGAUUUUUAAGUGUAUUGGCUUAAAGGCUGUUGAGGAGUGUCUGGACGGAUUUAACUGUAGCAUUUUUGCCUACGGCAUGACGGGAACAGGAAAGACGUAUACAAUUUUCGGCACUAAGGCCCUAUUUGAAUCUGCUCUUUGUAGAAUGCCAAACGAUACGUUUUUGGAGAUAAGCUUUUUCGAAAUCUACAACGAACACGUUUACGACCUCUUAGUGCAAACCCCAGAAGACGAGACUGCAAAGGUGUCCUUACGAGUUCGUGAGCACCCAGAAGAUGGACCCUACGUGGAGAACCUCUCAAAGCAUGCUGUAUCGCAUUUGGAUGACGUUCAACGCCUCAUUGACAGUGGAACAGCCUUGAGGGCCACAACUGAAACAGUGGCAAACUCCAAGAGCAGUCGAAGUCAUUCCAUUUUUACAAUUUACAUUAAUCAGAAUGUCAAAAGCAGCUCGGGCAUCUCAUCACUGCAGUCAAAAUUGCACCUCAUUGAUCUCGCUGGCAGUGAAAAAGUACGACACGCGUUGGGUCCUUGCUACCUCUCCGAGACAAAAAGUAUUAACAAGUCGCUCUGCACUCUAAGUCUCGUCAUUCGCAAAUUAGGUAAGCCUUCUCGAAUAAUCGGGGCGACAGCAACUUAUCGAGACUUUCCAGUCGGCAUUGGAGACGAAAAAACCAAUGUUGGGCACCCCAAUUGGCCACCGAACGAAUUGCCAUCGCUGCGCGACUGCAAUAAGGGAAGGUGUAAAACGGAAAUUGUCCACAUGAUUCCCAGUGGUGUCGCUUUAGGUGUUCACACCUUGUCAGUGAAGUACGAAGAUGAAGUGACUAUCAAGCACAGACGUCUUUCUUGCCUCUUGCAUCGUACAGUCUUUGGAGAUUUUCCCGCCCGACGCCUCUUCUCGUCAUUCACACCGCAAACGCUUAUUACUGGUCCUCCAGCGGUACUUUAUUUCAUCCAAUAUUUAUUCCCUCACUUUUUUUGCUCCUCCUUAGCUGAGAUGGCCAGAGAGGAGGCUCCAAGCGCUCCGCAUUCCUCCCUAAGUAGUCCGACCCCAUUUAAUCACCUCCUCAUGCAAUUACCGAGGCAACAGAAAGUUCACAUUCCCUACAGAGACUCCAAAUUGACAUGGCUUCUACGCGACUCCCUUGGCGGCAACUCCAAAACGGCUGUCGUGAUUACUGUAUCUUCGUCUGAACUGUGUCUGCAUGAGACGCUACACUCCCUUCGUUUUGCUCGAAGAAUUAAAAUGAUCAAAAAUCAUCCAAUCAGGAAUCAGGCCUCCAACAGAGGUGAUUCCAAUCCCCUAUUGGUGGAAAUCAAUCGUCUAAAGGAUGAAAUCGACGGGUGGAGAAAGCUGCCUCUACAACGUGGUGGCCUUCAUUUGCAACUGCAUCGACACAAAGGACUGCAGACCUCUCUUGACGAUAUUCUGAGCACGUUAGAGUGGUUUUGGACUCGUGAUUUUUCAAAGAGAAUCCAUUCUACGGGCUCUUCAACCAACCUGCUCUCAACAGACUCUUUGGACAUUCUUCUUCCUUUACAAAUGGACGAGGAGAUUCAGCAAUUCAAACACAGCACGGGUAGCAACCCUUACGUUCCUGAGUUCAUUCCACUACCUUCAAUUAAAUCUCCGGUCUCCAUGCUUAAUCUAAAAGCCGAAAAAGCUCUAAACUCUCUAAACAUCGCAACAGCAAACGAAAAGUGUCCGGAACCACAGCUCCAAGCCGUCGGCUUAAGAGUGGGGAGUUGGACGAACCUAAAACUAUUACAAACCCGCUAUCAAAUCAAACCAGGAGAUUCCACGGACUAUGACGAUGGCAGCAGUUUAUGGCGGCCUCAUGGAGUCCCGUCGCCAGAAAUGUCCCCAGACGUUGAAGCGGAGGCCCUAACAACAGUCACUUCUUUAAGAUCGUCGACAUCCAGUUCUGGGGUCCUGCAUGAGGAAAUUCACUCCCUGGGAAACUAUCGCGGUGACAAGCGUCGACUUUUGGGGAAAGGUGUAGGGAUGGGUAGAAUACCAACUGGAAGGUUUGAAUUUGGAUUUGAUGGCUGUAUGAGUGGAUGUGUUGCAUCUUGCCUUCCAGACGUUUCACCAAAGUGGACUCAAACCAAUAGCAAUGCAAAGAAACGUCCAUGGAAACGGACAACACAUGACAAUUGCAGUUUAACUGGAUACGAUAGGAGUCAAUCGAGCAAUGAAACACUCACUUUAUCACGUCAGGAGGAUUUAGUCUUUAAAAAUCGUCGUUCUGAAGGCAUCAAUUCAUGCAACGGUUUGGCUCGUAGCUCCUCAGUCUUUGUGGACACCGAUGAUGAUGGCUAUGAGCACACCGCGAUAUCACAACUUUUGCUACAAGUCACUGAUCUCUUAGCCAACACCACAAGGGAAGAUGUUGAUUUGAAACUUCAAUUCUCUCCCUACACUCGUCAAAGUUUGGAGGCCGAAUUGAAUCACCUUUCAGUGCACGAUCAAAUGCAAAGACUACCGACAUUGAAGGCCCUUCUACUACAAACCACUUCACCUCAAGCUCCACUUUCCACAAAUAGGGAGGAGCUUUGUCAAUUAGAAAGUGAACUUUUUGCAUUUCUUGCUAACAAUAAAGAUGAACAAGAAUUGGAUCCACUUGUAAAGUUGCAUCGAUGUCUCGCCUCAAGACGAAUUCAACCUCCAUACAAUCGAUUCCUUCAAUUGCAUCUGCAAUCACUCCUUCAACAUCCACAUGUUCAAGAGAGUGAAGAAAUGAAACAGGAGCUUUGUGACUUCCUUUGUCGUCUGGAAGCAUCACCACAAGGUGUAAAUCUCACCUCCAAAGAUGCCAACUUCCUUCUGGAGUUAGUAACAAUGACAAAUGCGUCUGUCUUUAGUGCUGUCUCCACGCCUCCGACCAUCUUUAGCCACCAAGAUUCACCACUCAUUGUGGCAGCCAUGAAAAUAGCUCACAUGAGUGUCAAAUUGCAGAAACUUGCAGAAGAGGGUCAAAUUGCCUCCGAUGUGCAAAGAAGCGUCCUCAAAGAGGCACAAAGUCUUGUGAGUGUUGGCGAAACCUCGUCCUGUCCAUCAGUUCAAUUCUACACCAAAGUUAUUCCACACUGUGAUCAACUUCAACUAACACAUCUUCUCACCGAUCUACUGAAAGCAUCAAACUCCACUCCCACCUAUCAAAUAUCCACAAAACAGGCAAAAGACUUGUCCACUCUUUCCACUCGAUUGGGUGAAGUGGCAUUAAUGUGUGCAAAAUUUAAAGUUGCCAAAACGCAUCACCUUGUCAAGAAUAGAUUUCGUCUAUCAUCAACCAACUUUCAGAGAGUUUGUGUUAUCAGUAAGGAGCAUCAUCAACUCAUUAAAGACGCCCUCCUCCUUGUCACUGCAGCAGGAAUUGCAAAAUCCCUCGAAGUGGAGCCAUUGUUGCACCUCCUGGAUGGAGAUGCGGAUGUGGAAUUGGGAGAGGAGGAUGCAGCCUAUCUGGAGCACCUACUAACAAGUGCAAUCGACUUUCGUGCCUCCAGUAGCAUUCCAUGGCAACAGCUUGACAAGUCAAGUCGAACACCACCAACAUCCAAUGCCAGAGAAGACUUUAUUUUGCCUAUGGACUCGUCUGUUGUUGGGAAUCCUUUUGCUUUAGCUCAAACUCCCGAACCACUUGGCACUGUUGACACAACAAUUAGUGAAUUUUUUAAUCAAAAAAAUGAGAAUGCCUAUGAGAAUGAGAGUUUAAUCAAACCAACUGAAGGUGACUCCCCAUUG